GUCCAGUCGACAGUGCAGUUGGAAAGGGUAGUAAUUAUGUGAAAAAUGGCUGACGAAGUGUGGAAGAUAAAAGAGGAUGGAUAUUUAGACUUAGAUGUGGAUUGUAAUAGUAUUACGUAUCAUCCAAAUUUGAAUAUUGUUCUUAUACUGUCCAAGUCGUCCGAAGUUCUAGUGAUCGAUGUAAACUCAGGACUACUAUUGCAAAGAAGCUUUUUAUCAGGUGAGUCACGUUGGCCUAGUGAACGUCUAAUAAUUGACAUGGUUUGUUCUUUUACAGAGAACCUAGUGGGUGUGUGGAGUAACCAGGAGGUGCAGGUGGGGGCAGUGAGCGUGGUAGGUGGCCCCACUAGAGAUUCAGUGAGGCCUGUUGUAGUAGUAGGAGUGGGACUUGCCCGACCAUCUGUGUCACCUUUAGUGAGGGCCAUGAACACUGUCAACCAGGCAUCCAGUCUUGCCGUCGAUAUCAUGAAGGUGGCAGACAACAAGCCUCAGGAGUGGCAGCUACAUCUCGUGGUGUAUGACUUCCACUACCGGGGUGACGUCGGCAGUGGAGGGGAGGGAGGCAGUGCCUCCAAGACACUAGUAUCUGGCACAGGGACAAGUGCGUCCCGUCAGGAGACCGCCAACAUGUACCCAGAUAUCUUCCUGUCGAAGUUCCUAUAUGCUGGUCCAAUGCUGCACGAUGUGGACUCUGGUGAUGUUGUCUACCAGACUCAGGAUAUCCUUGUUGGUGAGAACUUCCCAGCACCCUCCUCUUCCUCAGGCAUGAGCUGUCCAGUUCCCUUGGGGGUGGCAGUACCCACUGCCGGUGGGGGCACAUUCGACACUAGUAUGGCUAUCAAUGAGGGGUUGGACAUGGCUAAUUUUCCCUCUACCUCCAAUGGUUCUCCUCCAUUGGUGGCUAAGUUGUUGGACCGAGACUCAGCCAUCAGUGAGCUCGGUGGAGGCAUGGAGCCCUGUGGAGGUCUGCUGCCUCAAGAGCCAGUCCCAGUACAGUCAGUGCUUGUCGAUACGGGUGGUCGAGACAUGACUGUGACAGGACUACACCCGACUCGUGAUGGACGACAUUUGCUGGCAGUUCUGGCUGGAACGGCAGACUACACGACCUGUGGCAUGCUGCUGUUGUACCGCCUGAACCUUACUGGCCCUGCUGUAGGGCUGAUUGAGACUCCCAUAUGUGUCAAGCUACUGGAAUGUCAGGUGGUGUCAGUAACGUUAUUACCUCUAGAGGGGGAUGAGACUGGUAAUCCACUGGGAGUUGCUGCUAUAAUAACACAGGAUGGUGUGCUUUGGCUUGUCGAUAUUGCCACACUGGAGGUCAAAACGACUGCGGCCCACAAGGAUGGUGGCAGAUUCGUCUCUGUCACUUACUGUAAUAGUUUAGAAAGGGUAUGCGCCGCUUCAGAGAAAGGCUCUUUACAUUUCUUCACACUGCGUGAUGAAGACACAAGCAAAACAGAGGAGGGAAACUAUGAAGAUAGCCUAGAAAACAAGUUUUAUUCCCCUAAACAGUUUACAAACAAAGAGUUACCGCUGCUAGUGAAUGCACCUACUCUGGAUCUUGCUGCAUUAUAUGAGUUGACAAGGUGUGAGAAUCUAGUACCAUGUUUUGCUGCUACCGUUCCUGGUUGUUGGACUGAACUUAUGCAGGCACAAAAGCAGCGGAAACACCCACAACAUCUCCAACAUGCUGACGAUGUUCAUCACACACGUUCUUGGCGGCUACAAAAUGAUUUGACAAGUUGGGACGAGCAUGUAUUUGAGCUGACUCUGCCGCGCAGUGUGUGUGUUGGUCAUGUAGAUCUGAAGUUCUCAUUGCAUGCCCAGUGCCAGUACCCUCCCAAUUUACAAUUUACACUGCUCAAACAGAAUGCCUCUGGCAUUGGUAAAUUGUCAGACAGCAUUUCAGAUGUUGACAACGUCAUUGACUUCAAUUUAUUGUCUCCGGAAGGUGGUGCCAAAAAAGGUCCAACAGCAAACCCUGUGCUAACAAAGCAAUUUGCUCGAACACACAAUACCGAAAUUCUUAGUGGACCUGUGAACCUGGCCGCAUGUCUAGACUUGUCUGACCAGUCUGGCACUGUCACGUUCACCAGCCCCCAACUGUACAAGGUGCGCGGCCGCACGCUGCUGGUACACAUCAAGGCUCUGGCUGCUUCUUCAUCUUCAAUAGGGCAAGAACGGGAGCGGCGAUGGCGCUGGGAACACAAUGGGCUGGGUAGCUCAGUGGACCGGCUGGCCAGCAAUGCUGCAAACAAGAAGAUGGAUCUAACUGGCUGUGACUGGUUACAUGAGAUUUCCAUCACUGUACGAAACGCCAAGCCCACCGACAUACCCAAUGAAAGGGCUGAGCGGUGUGCAAUGUUGGAAUCGGACCCGUUGGUGGAGCGAUUGGUAGAACUGGUGACUGGUGAGAAUGGUGUACAGCAGAGCAUGGCCUUCGAUAUCCUAUUGUGGGUAGUAGCAACCCGCCUGAGCCGACUGAGGCCCUCCCCACCUCAGCAGACAGCCCUUGUGGCAAUCAUCCAGGACCACCUUGGCCCACUUGUCCACAGUUGCUUUGUUCGUGGUGACCGUUCCACCGCCAGGAAAUGUGUUAAACUCAUUGUUCUCUGCAGCGAUGGUAUGAGGAAUAGCCAAGACAGCGGCAAUGUUCAGUCACAGUUUGACACAAGUGUGGUGAAAGCGUUGCUGGAGAGCAUGCAGCAAGUGUGGCAGUGCUGGUCUGCUGGAGCCUUGCGCUGGUACUUCACUAUACUGUCCCGUCUAGUUGCUGGAGACACUGUCGGUCCUGUAGCCCACAAAGCUCUUGGACUGCUAAGGCAGGUGGCAAAGCAUCUCCAUGCCAGGCAGAACCCAUUUCACCUGGUGCUGCAGACAAGGUUUGGUCUGUAUGGCACACCAUUGGAAGCAGAACUGUUUGACCAGGAGCCUCCUGUACCUGCUAAGUGGUCUUCCACUCCCCUGGCAUACACUUCAGUGGCCUACUCACAGGGUGAGGGUUGUGUGUGGAGUGGGAGCAGCCUUGGGACUAGCUCUCAGAGUACUCCUGCUCCUCAACUCCUUGUCGAUGACCUCAGAAAUCUGCUCAACAUGAAAGCAGCCAAACUCAUAGGUGAGGGUAGAAGUUCAAGUUCUCACAGCCAGCUGAGGUGUCUGACAGCUAAUCAUUAUAUGAAAGGCCUACUGGAAGUCCAACCUCUGCACUUCACCUGCCACGCUACCAGCGAUGGAACGAAGCUGGAGAAAAUGGAUUCAGGGGGGGCAGGUGGGCCAUUAAUAAACUACUUUGAAGCUCCACCUAUUUCUCCAAUAUCUCCAAUACUGACCAAUCAGGUGGCCAGUAACGGACCAAAGAAGAUAGUUGAAAAUGAUAUCGACCGUGUGCCAUGGCAGCAACUAGUGAUGACACCACCGCAGCACAUGCUGGUGAUAGAAAGGAUGCACUCGGGGGCUCGCAGGUUCGUCGUGUUAGAUCUGGGUUAUCCGGUCCUGCUCACUGACCUGUUCGUGCCGGCGUGUCCUGACCUGCUCAGCCUGUCCAUCGACCUGUGGACGGUCUCGGAGGAGCAGGAUGCGCAGAGGCUCGUCGUUGCACCGGACAUCACCACCAAGACGCUCAUCAUGAAUGAUAUCCACCCACCACCCGUUGUUAGAUUUAUCAAGAUCACCACGAUAGGAAGGUAUGGCAUGAACACUACCAAGUGUAAAAUACCCAUUGGUUGCUUCUACGGACAUCUUCUCAUUCUGCCAGGAGAAGACUAUGCAGAAAAAAAUACCCGGAUAGCCAAUAAUCCCAAUCCGCAGAACCAGCUGGGAGUGCUGAAUGCUCUGUUUGAAGACAUUCAAUGUCGUUACUCCUUGGCCUGCUCCAAGCUUCAGGACCUGUUAUCCCCUCUGCUGACUGCUGAGAUAGCUAACGUCUCACACAUGCACCACUGUCUGCGGCGCACUUCAGAGAUGCUCAAACCCACAACACUAAAGAUUACCACAGCCUAUCAGGAAUGUGUGACAUAUCAACAUCAACUGAACAGUGUGCGAAGUGUAAUGAGGCGACUGGGUGCUCACAAAGAAACCACUGACCCAAAGAACAAUCUCUCAUUAGCAUGCACUGACAAGCUCAGGGUUCUGGGUGAGAACCUCCUAGACCUGCUACUUUACUUGGCCUAUGAUGUUGGCUUUGUACCAAAGUACUGCUUGCCACUGCAACACAAUUCAGACAAGUUUGGUCUGUAUGGCACACCAUUGGAAGCAGAACUGUUUGACCAGGAGCCUCCUGUACCUGCUAAGUGGUCUUCCACUCCCCUGGCAUACACUUCAGUGGCCUACUCACAGGGUGAGGGUUGUGUGUGGAGUGGGAGCAGCCUUGGGACUAGCUCUCAGAGUACUCCUGCUCCUCAACUCCUUGUCGAUGACCUCAGAAAUCUGCUCAACAUGAAAGACAUUCAAUGUCGUUACUCCUUGGCCUGCUCCAAGCUUCAGGACCUGUUAUCCCCUCUGCUGACUGCUGAGAUAGCUAACGUCUCACACAUGCACCACUGUCUGCGGCGCACUUCAGAGAUGCUCAAACCCACAACACUAAAGAUUACCACAGCCUAUCAGGAAUGUGUGACAUAUCAACAUCAACUGAACAGUGUGCGAAGUGUAAUGAGGCGACUGGGUGCUCACAAAGAAACCACUGACCCAAAGAACAAUCUCUCAUUAGCAUGCACUGACAAGCUCAGGGUUCUGGGUGAGAACCUCCUAGACCUGCUACUUUACUUGGCCUAUGAUGUUGGCUUUGUACCAAAGACUGCACUUUACUCCCUGUAUCAAAAAUUCGACCAGCCAUUGUGUGAGCAGUUGUUUAACUGGCUGUGUGUGGCUGAGGAUACACGGAUGCAGCUCUCUGCCUGCACGCUGCUGGUGCGGAUGUGUGGACUGCAGCCAUGGUGGGGCGAUUUCCUAGUCUCCACUCUCACCUCCCUCUACAGCUCCCGCCAGACUAAUAUCUUCCCCCAAGACAGAGUGUUUAUCUUGCUGGUGUACCUGGGCCGUAAGUCUCUGAGUGGGGGCGCCAAGCGCAGCACAGUGAUUGAUUCUGUACUAAAGACUCUGCUGCAGCAGCUGACUCCUCUUGCAGUAAAUAGUCCGGCUCCAGGGUUCCUGGGUGCCCACAUGGACCUGUCCUUGGUCGGGUGGUUGCUGUUGUUUCUCUCCCAAUGCCUUGACACUACUGCCACUGCCACCACAUCCUCCACGGAUGAGUUGCAUGACAAGAUCAAAUCUGACAAGGACUCCGGUACUGGAGGUCGGUGGGACUUUCUGCAAGGAGAGCUGUCAAUGCAGCGCAGGAUGAGUGCUGUGAACCGAUGCAGUGCAAAUCGUGGCUAUCGGCGCAAGUUGCAGAAGAAGCUGAUGCACCAUAAGCAGCAGCUAGAGGACCUUGAAGUGGCCAAGAAGGCGUUCCAUGCGUCCACUCAGGCAUUAUCAGCUUUAUCGAGUCAAGCAGCAAAGCUGUCAUAUAAGUUAGAGUCUGCACUCAAACACCAAGAACAAUUCCUCAAGAAGUCUGUAAGACAACAGGCUUCUUCCUCUAAGGCAAACAAGGAGUCUUCAGAGUGUCGAAGAGUCACGGAGGAUGUGGCUGCGUCCUGCAGCAAACCUCGGACUAGCGACAACAAUGUUAUGUGUCUACCUCGCUCUCACUGUCUACCUGUAGCCAGAGCUCUUGCAGCCCUACUACUACACAUGGACUUCACAUGCAAUCUUGAUACAUUUCUGCUCACUUGUAAGGUGCUAGCUCGGGUAGCUCUGUGGACAAGACCCAGCCUGCUGCUAGGCGAAGUUUUGAGUGAGCAGCAACUAGCCCAACUCGUCAGACUUGCUGUUUGGAGUCAUCAGCCUCAAUCAAGUCCCUGGGCCUGUCAUGCCAUCACUUGUCUGCUACAGGAUAUAUUGGAAGGAGGAGCUCGUAACAAGAGAUUGAGUCCUGAGCCUAACCCCAUAGAGGAGGAGCCUGAACCAGAUGUCAAUAGAGAUGAAGAGUCUCAAGCUUCCAGUAGCAUCACUGAGGUAGAUGAAGAGAUACCAGAACCAGAUGAUGCAGCCUCUCCUGGAAUGCCUACAAUCAAGAUCAAGAUCAACUCAAGCUUUCCUUUGCCAUCAUUACUGGAGUCGGAUGACAGUGAGCUAGAGGAUCUACUGGAUGACAUCUUGGAGAGAGGACGAAAUAAGAAAGCUCCUGUAGUCAGGGUCCCUGUUGGCAUUGCUUCGACUGUCUCAACAGCCUUGGACUCUCGUCUUGAGUAUGGAGUGGACAGUAAUGCCGAAGUCACACUACGAAGGAUGACUGCACAUGGAGCAUACAAUCUGCCCAUGAGUGUGGGUGCGCCCAUAGCUGGUCCCCUUCAGAACCUAUCAUCGUCCAGUCCCAACCAGAGCCAGCCUGCCCAACCAAAGUGGGAGGAGAGUCUGACAUCACCUUGGCAGUCUUCUGGACCUCAGGACCUGCCCUCCAGUGUUGACAUGCUUCGGCUCUGCUUUGACAAAAUCUUCUUGGAUCUCACAUCUAAGGAAAGUGGCAGCAGCCUAGAACUGGUGUUACAGCUAUGGCUGACCCUAAACUUGGACAACCCAUUGGAGCCCAGUGACAGCCGUGCAUUCGAUUCUUCCAUUGUCCCCACCGUUGCGCUCAGUCCAGCAGCCAUCUCGGGACUGAUCUCUGUCCUGGCCAGCAGAGCAGCAGUGUCAGUACGUUGCUGGUGUCUCGCAUUUCAGACUCUGACGCUCGUCUCCAACCUGCCGUCCAGCCACAGUGACAACUCUCUAGACUCAAGUCUCCAGCGUAUGGCCAGUGCCAUCGUCAGUGAUGCCAACUUCUCCCAACUUCUUCUAUCUUUUUUCUCCAGCGCACAGAUCAAAGGAUGUGCUGGAGUGACUGUGUGCCAGUGCCUCCAUGAGAUGCUAGUAAGGUUGGAGAUGCGUUGUGACGUGGUCUCCAACACAAGCCAACUGGGUUGCCACUUCAAACUACUAUUACUCCAAGUCUUCGACAAACUAGUGCAACCUACUGGAGCCAUAGCCCUUCAACAGGGACCACUUGAUGCCCAGGCCAAGUUGGUGCAACUGAUGCUACAUCUGGACUUCACCAACACGGACGUAAACACAGCAGUGAGCAUUCUCAAUGCUGUUGCACUACUCGUCCACUCUUACAUGCUGAGUGGGGAGGGAGUGCGGUGGCGCAGCAUAAUGGAGUGCAGUCUCAAUGCGGUGAGCUCAGCUAGCAACAACGGCAGCAGCAUCAGCAGUGGUAGUAGUGGCAGUGGUAGUGGAGGUAGUGGUGGUGUUGGAAGUGGGGCCAAGACCAAACCGAUGGCCUGGGACCUGUUGGUGACCAGUGUAGUGAAGUUGGCUACCAGUCUUGUGCAGAUACCAUUGGAAGCUCCUCAGCCCAGCGCUACUAGCCAGACUGAUGAACAUAAGGCUGCUAGUAACAAGGUGCCCUGUGUCGCCGAUAUGGUGACGCAGCAGGAGCGGACAAUGCAUUGUCUGCUGCGGUCGCUGGGCAUGUCGCAUACUGCGCUACCAACCGACACCCAGGAGCCCUCCUCCGUCAGCCAAGCCGUGUUCCAGCUCCUGUCCACCAUCGCACGCAAGGCUACAUCACCGGCCUUUGUCCUCAAACCAGUCUUCGCAUACAUCUCCACUAAUGAAGGUGGUUUCUCUGAGCCACUGCUGUCACUACUGCUAUGUGUGAUCGAUGGGCCAGAAGCUCUACAACAGUUUGUGGCCUUGGGUGCACUGGAGGUGGUGUGUGAUAACCUAGUGCGAGCAAACCAUGGCCUAGUUAACUGCCAGCCCAGCACUGUAUCUAUUGUCAUGCAACAUCUGAGUCAGGCACCAUCGCUGCUUCUGCCCCAGGCACCCACCACCAAGAAGGCCGCAGACAUUGCUUCAGGGUUGCUAAAUUUUGCACCUUUGGGCACCAUCAGUUCAAGUAAUUCAACAGCACAGCCGGCGGAUGUACUGAUCCAGAGUGCCCCGCCACACCGCCGGGCUAGGGCCCCUGCCUGGAGCUACCACUUUUACCCCAACGAGAGCUGGGUGGAGCUGACCUUGACAUUGCCGUGCGCUGUUCUAUUGCGAGAGGUUCACCUGCAGCCACACCUUACCUCUCUUGCCACUUGCCCUAGUGGGGUGGGACUGGAGAUCUCAAGGGAUGGCCGAAGCCCCUUGGUGCCGAUCGGACUGCCUCUGGAUUCAAGUGGCCUAACAUUCAUCCGGCUGCAACUUCCCAGGCCUGAGGUGGUAACGACAGUCCUGCUGAGACUGUACAAGCCACGGGAUUCCCCCAACAUCGGCCUGUCUCAGAUACGCCUGCUGGGGAACACCACAUUUAGUGACAACUCACACCUCAGUCUGGAAGACGAGGAACCCACUGUCGACUCUAGCUUGGUGUGGGUGCGGCUGGUGCACCACUGCCUGAGUGUGUGUGUGGAGCCACAACUGCGGGCCAACGUGGUUGCUGCUACUACCAAGGUGCCAGGACUGCUACGUGCUUGCUGUGGUCUGCUGCUGGUCCCUGCCGCCGCAGUCUACACUCCUUGUCUGCAGCACAUCUUGUACAUGCUUGGCUAUCAUCACCCAGACCUGGGCCUGCAGACCAUCACCACCCUGCUCACCAAUGGCUCUCAUCAAGGAGGAUUGAAUAAUGCAGUAGACUCUGUGGUGGAACUCCUCUACCUACUAUGCACCACUCGGGACGAACAUGCUGCUGAGAGGGUAAAGGCUAUACUAUCAUGGCUGACAGUGACUGCCUCAGAGGCUCAGAUGGCUUCAUCUACCUAUGUUCAGUGUGUGGCUGCCAUCCUCUGGGCCAACCCUGACUUCUCCCAUAUGGUCACUGACCAACUUUUUAGCUUGGUGUACCAGUGGACAUUGAGGUUGGAGUCACGCUCUGCAUUGAAGCGAGCAGUGGACACAGUUUUGUGUGCCAUGUGCUACAUUAAGCCUGUGCUGUUUCCCACACUGCUGAAGCAGAUGGGGGCCUUGGUGCCCAUCAGUGCAACGGGACCCACCGACUCUAUCUCUGAUGACAGGAAAGACGGUGAGAGCGGCAGACAGACAGAUGACAAUAAGAAAGAGUCUGAAUGGUACGACCAUCUGGUGUUGCAAGACCUCCAGUCCCUACAGUUGUCUGACAGUCAGCUCAUGACAGUGGCGGUCGCAUGUCAGUCUCCUCCAGCAACCUUACAGCUGCUAGACUCUGGCCUGCCUAACCUACUCACACAGGCUAUCCUAGAAUUUUGUUCAAAGAAACAUUCAGAAAGGAGGUGUAGCAAGCAGACAAGCCAAUCACGAUUGACUGACUCAGACAAAGCAAGUGGUCGUAACCAUGUUAUUAAAGAAAAUGGGAAAAAGCAGCAGUCCCAUGGUCAGUUGGAGGUGGUAUCAACAAUCCUGCAGUUCUUUGCUGAAGUCUGCUCUGAAGGCAUCAUGAGAGACUGGCUGGGUUCUAAUGAAGGUUCUGAGUUUUGGCUUCCACUUCUCACAGUCCUCUGCAGCAGGCCUUCUACAACUCCCAGGUGUGAGAUGAUGAGUGAGUCACUGUCAAGUCUGGAGUCUGCCACAGUCAAGUUCCUGUCUCGUUGCUGCUGGGGCCAUCCCACCAAUCAGAAACUGUUGGCCAAUGUCCUCUGUGAUGUUAUUAGUCAACAAAGAACCCAUGGAGAAUUGGGAAUAUCGGGUGUAACGCGAAGACUGAUACUACAGUUACUGCUAGAGAGUGAGAAGAUACCUGUGGUGGUGCGAGGACACACGGUGCUGCAAGGUCCAGUCCCCACAGGUCCCACUCACCCUCGCUAUGGAGUGGAGAACGCAAACCAUCUCCUGUAUCUCAGUGUACACACCAUGUGCCACGAGAUUGUCCGGCAGGUCGCAAUGAAUGGUGUCUCAAGCUCGGAGACAAGAUCCAGUGAGAGCCUGGCCAACAAGGAGAACACACGGGAGUCAAUGUGGUCUGAGGUUUCGGAACAGUUGUUUGUGGCGGCUGGGGUCACGGCCAAGGACAAGCGGAUCAAGGAUGCCAAGAAUGUCACUGCCUCCAUGCUCAAAGACAAGGUUUAUGGCAAGAAGUCCCAUACUACCACCAGCACAUCACUUUUAGCAGACAUGGCAGUGACAACGGAAUAUCUACAGCAUGCAGAGUUGCCAGGAGUGAACUUGCCAGGAGCCUUGACAUUGUCACAGCUGCUGACAGUUCUGGACCACAGAGGUGUCUCUCUCAGCUCUCCUUGUAUAGAGUUAACCAUUAAUGAACCCCUUAGUAAAGAGGCGCAGGAAAGCAGUGAGGCACUAUUAUCCAAUCCAUCAUUCCCCAGUCCUCUGCAGGUAUUCACUCAACAGGGUGGAUUGGCUCUUCUUGCAGAACACUUGCCACUGGUAUACCCAGAAACGCUGAUGUACUUCCGAUCCUCAACAGCCCCUCCACCUCCUCCGACAACAUCAGACCAGGUGGAUGCUGACUGGGUCAAGGUUGAAGCCAGUGAUGACAUCUAUGAAGAUGUGGAGGAGAGCCUAGUGGCACCAUACAUGUCCGGACAAGGUGCUGGGGGUAAACACAGUGAGGGAGGUACCAAUAUACCUAGCGUGCCACUACACUCUCUGGCAGCAUUUGGAUUAUUCCUAAGACUGCCUGGCUAUGCGGAGGUACUACUCAAGGACAAGCGGAAGGCUCAGUGUCUGUUGCGACUGGUGCUAGGAGUAUCGGAUGAUGGCGAGGGAGGAGACAUUAUGAGCAAUCCGGCGUGCAGUUCACUGCCAACAUUACCAUUUGAGGUCUUACGGCAACUGCUGGAGUCAACUCCUCUCAGUACAGACGAUGGAGUGUUGCUACGACGUACAGCACUGGACCAAGGAGCACUGCACCUGCUGCUGGCGUGUUUGGCUGUGUUCACUCACCAGCCUAGUGAUUCCACUCUGCCCACCCUGACUAGUACGGCGAAGACUGCAACACAGCCAGGUAGCAAGUCUGAUGACAAGUCGCACCUGUACUGGGCAAAAGGAACAGGAUUUGGCACUGGUAGCACCACUCAGAGCUGGAAUGUGGAACAAGCCUUAUCUCGACAACGAAGCGAGGAGCAGCAUGUCACUGUCUUACUGCAGGUAUUGUCAAGCUACAUCAACCCUGGCGGUCUAGUAACAGCUGAUAGCUCAGAUGAAGAUAGUGACUCCGUUACCAAGCCUCUACUCCAGCCACUACCACCUUGUAUACAUGAUCUGCUACAACAGUCUUGCCUGCUGCCUGCUCUCUCUUCCUACCUGCGAAACGACUCUGUGCUAGAUAUGGCGAGGCAUAUUCCUCUCUAUCGCAGUGUGCUACAGCUGUUGCGUGCCAUUGCCCAGAACAGCCAGUUGGUGUCACUGCUCUUGCCGAGAUCAAGACAGGCCACCCUGCAGCUGUCUGCAGUAUGUCUACUACUCAAAAUGAAAAACGUUGUAGACACAUACGCAUCAAGAUUGAAGAUAAACAAACCCAAGAGUCAGAGUCAGAAGAAGGUGGUACGAGUUUCAGGCAGUUCGAGUAAGCAGCAACAUGACGAUACCGGUGGUGGUGGACUUGAGUCAGAUGAAGGAUUGGCCUUACUCAUCCCAGAUAUACAAGAGACUGCCAACCUGGUUCAGUCGGCCACAGACAGGCUGGUAUAUGACAGUGAAUCGGACUCUGAGAGUGGACAUGGACAUGAUCUAGAACUGCCAUCUAAGAAAUCCCUGGAGGAAAGGUACCUGGAAGUGAUGAAGCCAUUGCAGUUUGAGACGUACGAGAUGAUCACAGAAGCUAGUGACGGCAAUGGGUUCCAGUUUGUUGUGUCUUACCACUUUGAGUCGAACGUGCGAGCGGGAGGUGAUCGGAGUCACCCAGCACGAGUUAAACGGCUGGCUCAGGAAACAGUCACUCUGUCCACGUCACUACCACUGUCAUUCAGCAGUUCUGUGUUUGUCCGGUGCGACGCCGACCGAUUAGACAUUAUGAAGGUGUUGAUAACCGGACCAGCGGAGACACCGUAUGCCAACGGUUGCUUCGAGCUAGAUGUGUACUUCCCACCCGACUACCCCAACUCCCCUAUGCUAAUUAACCUAGAGACAACAGGCCACCACACGAUACGCUUCAAUCCUAACCUAUACAAUGACGGCAAAGUGUGUCUCAGCGUUCUCAACACCUGGCAUGGUCGCCCGGAGGAGAAAUGGAACGCUCACACCUCCAGUUUCCUACAGGUACUAGUAUCAAUACAGUCACUGAUCCUAGUGCCAGAGCCUUAUUUCAACGAGCCAGGUUACGAGAGGUCACGAGGUACGCAGGCCGGAAACCAGAGCUCCAGAGAAUAUAACUCCAAUAUCUGCCAAGCGACAGUCAAGUGGGCCAUGCUGGAACAGCUGCGUAAUCCUUCUCCUUGCUUCAAACAGGUAACAAGUCCUGUCAAGUUAAAUACCUAACUAUAUACAUACAGC